ACAGAGCCUAGCACCUUGCAGCCAGCAGGCGCUCACUACAUCUUUGCGGGAUGAUUUCAAUGUUCUGACCUCAGCCUGCGCUGCAGGGAACGUCCGAGUGUAAGGCGUUAGUUCGUAGGCCGGAACCCAAAUCUCCGGACGCUGCGACGCCGGAGCCUCUAGGCGCCGGGACACGGGCGCCGGAAGUGGCGAAGGCGGGGUCGGCGCUGCCGGGUGAAAUCGUAGGACAGUGAAGAUGCUGCUGGCAUUGUCCGAGGAGCAUAAGGAACACCUGUCCUUCCUGCCUCAAGUGGACAGCGCAGUGGUCGCCGAGUUUGGGCGGAUUGCUGUGGAAUUCCUGAGACGCGGCGCAAACCCAAAAAUCUACGAAGGCGCCGCCAGAAAACUCAAUGUGAGUAGUGACACUGUCCAGCAUGGUGUGGAAGGAUUAACGUAUCUCCUCACUGAGAGCUCAAAGCUCAUGAUUUCUGAACUGGAUUUCCAAGACUCUGUUUUUGUUCUGGGAUUCUCUGAAGAAUUAAACAAAUUGUUGCUUCAGCUUUAUCUGGACAACAGAAAAGAGAUCAGAACGAUUCUGAGUGAAUUGGCACCAAGCCUUCCCAGUUAUCAUAACCUUGAAUGGCGACUAGAUGUACAGCUUGCAAGUAGAAGUCUCAGGCAACAGAUUAAACCAGCAGUGACUAUAAAGCUACACCUUAAUCAAAAUGGAGAUCACAACACCAAAGUUCUACAGACAGACCCAGCCACCCUGCUCCAUUUGGUUCAACAACUGGAACAAGCAUUGGAAGAGAUGAAGACAAACCACUGUAGGAGAGUUGUUCGCAACAUCAAGUAGUACCAGUUUUAAGGUUUUAAUUCAUUUGAAUCACUUAUGAAUUGAUGAUAUACAGCAAUUACUUUUCAAAAUUAAUUUUUUAUUAAUUCAUGACAAUAAAUACAUAGUAUUCCUCAGUAUCUAUUCCACGAUACUGAGGUCAUAAUCAGAAGCUAAGCUGGGUGCAGUGGCUCAUGCCAGUAAUCCCAGCACUUUGGGAGGCCGAGGUGGGCAAAUCAUGAGGUCAGGAGAUUGAGACCUUCCUGGCUAACAUGGUGAAACCCCAUCUCUACUAAAAAUAUAAAAAAUUAGCCAGGUGUGGUGGCACGCAUCUGUCAGAGUCCCAGCUACUCAGGAGGCUGAGGCAGGAGAAUCACUUGAACCUGGGAGGUGGAGGUUGCAGUGAGCUGAGAUUGUGCCACUGCACUCCAGCCUGGGUGACAGAGUGAGACUCCAUCUCAAAAAUAAUAAUAAUAAUAAAGUAAAAAUAAAAAUAAAAAAGUAAUCAGAAGCUAAAGUAAAGUUCCUUUCCUGGUGCUAACUGUGGUCUUCUUGACACAUUAAGAUGUAUUUUGUAUUUUAAGAGUCUCAUGCUCUACCGUUGGAACUAGCCAGAUGGCCAUUAUUUUGUAUUUUAAAUACAUAAAUAGGAUUGAAUCAACUAGAAAUGAAUCUAUAUGUUCUGUAUAUAUGAAUGACUAUCUUGUUUUUGCUACUUCUUUUGACUGCUUAAUUUUAUUAUUUUCCUCUUUAUUGAUCAAAUUUGAAAAUAAAAUUCACAAUGUAAUACUACUACUAUGCAGAAUUUUCUAAACAGUUCAGUAUUUUUGACUUUUAAAAACACCCCACAAUGUUAAUAGCCACAGAAUAUUGAACAUCAAUAGGAUUUUUAAUGCUAUAUUGUUAUAGGCAGUUUAUUCAUUUUUCUUUGUAUGUGAAGAUGAUAAGUAUUUAUCAUAUUGCCUAAAUUUGAGUGAUCAUGGUUAAUUAAUUGGCUUAAAUAGUACUCAAAUUUGUGUGGUCAUAUAUCGUAUUUUAUCAAGGACUAAUUCUUCCACCAUACCCAAAGCAUCUAGGAGACACACUGUCAUUUACAUUUACAAAUAAUGGAUGCAGAGAAAUAUAAUCAAUUCUUGAUUGUCCUGGAUACAAAUUAUAGUCACUUUUUAUAAUUUGAAUAAACCAUGAUGAGGGAAGGAAGGCCAUGUUUAUUACAUUAUAGGCAACUAUCCCUUCUCCCUUACAAACUUGAUUUAUGUUUUGUUUUAUUUUUUAGUAGGGAACCAAAAGCUUUUGGUCUGAAAAACUCAGGUGCUGAUUUGUCAGGUCAGCCUGAGAGAGUGCAGAGAUACAGAGGUCAGCUUAGGGAGAAGAAUUGUAUGGAAGGGUGGAAAUGAGGGUUCAGUCUUAACUAUGUAUCCAAGACCUUAUCCUGAGAGUCUUCAUGGAAUAAUCUAGAAAGGGCUGUAGAAGCAAUCAAACUCUAAACUGCACUCUAGACUUUGUCAAUACUUUGCUUCGUAAGAAUUAGGGAUUUUCAUAUCAGAGUAAUACCAUGUUGCAAUCUCUUUAGAGAAGAGAGCCUAGCAGGGAAUAGGCCAGUGGAAGAAAAACAUACUUGAGAUGGUUACCCAUUGGUCCCUGCAGGCAUCUGGGCCACCCUUUUCCUGUAGGUAUAUAUUCUGCCAUUGUAAAACAACUAUAUUAUUAGAUGUCAGCAAACUAUAAUCAGAAAUAAUUUUUAAUUAUAGUGGCAACUUGAUUAAUGAAGCUCUCAUAUACAACCUCACAAACAAAAAGAAACUUUAUUACGUGAAAUGGUAGCAUAUGUCAUUGGGUUUAAAAGCAACAUGCCUGCAAAACUUAUAUGAUAAAAAAUACCUCUGUAAGGGUUUUUAUUUGUCCACAUUCGAUGGAAGAUAAACAUGGCUGACCCCAGCCAAGACUGAAACAAUAGCCCUUUGUCUCCUCAGAACAACCUGUCUCCAACUCUUUGUCCACUGUUCUUACCCCAAUUAAAACAAGAAAGCAUGUGCUAAUCCUUUAGAGGUAGUCACUGUUCUCUCCAGUAUGACCCAGGUUUCUUGACUCUGAGUAAUGCACCUUCUAUAACUAUCUAAAUUUCUACUGAAGCUUUUUGGAUUAUGAGUAUGCUGACUUUUCACGAUUGGCUGGUGCAUGUUUAGACUUAAAUGUCAUAUCCUUCAUGUCUCAAAGCCAAAAUAGUAACAUCUCAUCUCAGAACAGAGCUGUGACCACAUGCCAAUAUAUGUGUCACAAAGUCUACAUAUGUUACAUUCCUUGGAAGUCUCCUUAAAUGUUUCACAAAAUGUCAACAAGCUUGUUUUGUUAUUGAUGUUUCCGAGAUUGGGCACAUUUAAGACAGUAAACGGGAAAGGUGGUGAAGAUGCUAUAAGAAGAUGCUGUAUCUUGAGAAUUGAAAAAUGAGAAUCUGACAUGGUUUGAAAAAUCAUGAAGGGUAUAUAUAAAGGAUGCAUGUGUAGGAGCCAUUAAAAUUCAUAACAGUAUGUGCCCCUUCAGCGUUUUAAUCUUAUGAAGAGGUUAAGAGAUAAGUCUUUGGAGUUGGACAAAAGGAUUUGAAUUUAGGUUCUGUGGAUUAUUAUGGGUCCUUGAUAAAUUCUCAAAGCCUUUUUUUUUUGUUCAUCUCUAAAAUAGGAAUAUAGGAUUACCUACCACAUUGACUCGUAAGGACUAUAUGAGACCAUGUAUAUAGAAUGUUUAACAUAGUACCAGGCUUUACAAAGAACUCAAUAAAUGUUUACCAUUAUUGAAA